ACAUCACAAUUUACAACGUUAAACGGCCUUCGUAUCCUUUACGUCGGUUUACAGACGUUAAUACGUAACGCUAACGCAAAUUGCCAAAAACUUGCUCGUUCGAAUACAAAACAAUUAAUCACAUUUUGCAACCGGGCAAAUUCUUAAACUAUUUAGGUCGAAUGUUAGCACAAGCGUUCUUUAUUUUACAUUAACCUGACAUUGUGACAAGAUUUCUUAAAAUAAAGUCAGUUAAAGUGCUCUUUUUCGUUUUGAGGUUUUGGGGGGUAUAGAUUUGAAUGGGUUUUAUAUAAGGGAACUGAACCACAAUUAAUAAGAUAAUAAACGAGAUAGUUGGACGGAACUUUGAUAAAUGUGCAUGAAAACACAAUUUUGUAAACGGAUAAUAGAUUAAACCAAUCAUCAAGGUUAUUCAGAUAGUUUUAAUGAAAACAGAAAGGAAAGGAUUUUAGAAUUUAUAUAUGCACUAAUACAGUUAAAAAAGAUUUACAGUGUUCUAGAGUUACUUCGGAAAUUUGUUAUUUAUUUUAAGUGUGGUUGUUUAUUUAUUUUACAUUUCAUAAAACUAUAUUGUGUGACUUUUAUUUUACACACAAAUUUACCAUAAGGAUCUAUAAUCAUGAUUCACAAUACAUUUGGUAAAGUGAUAAUCUUAUUAACUAUUGCUGUUUUGUGGAUAUCUCGAACAGCUGAUGCAAAGAAACCAUGCCUUCCAGCAAAAAAUAUGAUAAGUUGCCUGAUAGACAGAUGUAAACUAGGAAUGAAAUGUCCCGGUGACCCAACUGCUACAUGCAAAAUGGUUCAAACAAAGUGUGAUGGUUGUAAAGCUAUGUGGUUUUCGAAAUCUGGCGAAAAAGCGAGCUGCGGUCUCAGGAAAAACCUAAAAUUGUGCCCAGGAGGGGAACCUAUUGUAAAAUGCAGCUUGGACUUGUGCAAAUGGCCUUGCACACAUCCGGAUUUCAGAGGGGCAGAAUGCAGAAAGACAGUUUGUGGAGAGUGUGGAUCGGAGUAUUUUGUAAAAGGAAAAUGGGUCAAAUGUCCUAUUGAACAACCAACAAAGAAAGAAACAAAAGUAAACGGGCACAUAGGCGCUGGCAUAUGCAACAAGGUGGCAUGUUCUAUAGCUGUGUGUGUAGGUCAAAGAUGUUCGAAGGUACCAAGAGCUGUUUGCAGACCAAAUGAUUGUAACACGUGCACACCCGAAUGGUUUCUGGAUAAUAGACCAGUUAAUUGUGAAACAGGAGAACUGAUAGCUAGAAAGCCAUUGGUGAGCACGCCAAUAAAGCCGUGGCAAAAGCCGUGUGAAAAGGGUAUUCCCCUGACUAAAUGUGAUAUGAAAGUUUGCGAGAGUAAAGUAUGCAGAAAUUUCCCAAAUGCACAAUGCAGACCGGACGGAUGUGGCGGAUGUCGGGACACGUGGUACAUUGGCGAUAAACUUAUAGAUUGUUAUAGUGAUGAAUGUCCACCAAAGGUACCUAUUGUGAAAUGUGUUGAUGACCCAUGUAAAUAUUUUGGCCACUACUGUCCAGCUGCAGAAUGCAGGGCAUCUCAAUGCGGUAAAUGUGAAGCAAAAUUCUUUUCAAACGGUCAAGAAAUAGAUUGCGCCAUGCCACCAAAAGAAUGUCCAAUGGGUGUACAGCCUCUCCAAUGCCCAUACUACACGUGUCCAGCCAACAUUUGCCCGUCUAACAAAAGACUGAUGUGCCGAAUCGAUCCUUGUGGAAGAACGUGUAAAUAUGACUUCAUCGACAUUUACAACGGAGAACCAAUGUUGUGUCGUGUAUUCGAUGGUGAUGGUCGACAUCAAGAUAAUGCAGGACAAGUAACAGAUCAGAACGUCGGUGAUGGCGGAAACAGCGUGAAUCCGCCUUCUCUCGGGGACAUUGUUGGCAGCCCUGACCGAUUAGGCUUAGGAUUACCACAGUCUAUUGAUAGUAUGUCAGGACAAAAGCAAGACAAUUUUGUUGGCGAUCUUAAACCAUCAGGCGUUACAUUUAACACAGAUGCUAGUACAGGCAAAUCAGAUGGCAGUUUUCAGGUCAAACCUCUUUUUAUCAAUCCUGGACCUCCUAUAACAGAUCCUGAUUUACUUACACUGUUACGAUCGUACCCACAUGAGAUGGCAAAUAUUCCUACGGCCAUGAUCCAGAUUGCAUUGAAGAAAGACAAAGGCAUGCCGAUAACAUCUGAAGCCUUUAUUCAAGAGAGCUCACCAGUUACGAGCCAAGUAAUUGAUAACGGUAAUGUCAUAGCACUAAAACCAAAGCCGCAACAUCCACAAAAGAAUAUGAAUACUAAACCAAAAGAUGAUAAAACGGUAAAAACAUCCCAAAAUGUCAGAGAUAAUGUUUUUAGUGAUCAAUUAUUUGAGCUGCCAUCACAUAAUUCAGUAUUAUAUCCUGAAUUAUCGAAUCUUGCAACAGAAUCAUCAAAAGGACCAAAGAAAAACGAUAGGUCCAAUAACAAAGGUAUCUUACCGUCAAUAAACUCAGCACAAAAAGAUAACAAUAAGAAUAAUCCAUUCAAGCAUCCAGGAAAAACUGUUAAAAAGGUGAAACCUAUUAAGGAAAAACCGGCAGAGAAGACUUCAAAGAAGCAAGGAAUAAAAGUUUCUCAACCAAAGAGUCCAAUUGAGGGAAUACCAAUCAGCAUAGGGAUGUUUACGAUGUGGGCAAUGAGCUAAUUUGUCAAUAAAUACGAUGAUUUGAUAGACUCACUAAACAAACGAUGUGAACAAAUCUGAAAUUUAUAUUAAAUUUCCUUCACUGAUGGUACGUGCAAAGUGUCAUUGACAAAAAAACGUACAUUCUUGACACAAAUAUAAAAUUAUACCAAAGUAUCAAACAAUCUCAUUAAACCUGGUAUUGUGCUUUCUCCAGUUUCGAUCAAAUUCUGUGACGUUUGAAAGCGAUUUCAUAUAGGUUUGUAUUAAAUAUGCACGGACAUUGACUUUGAAAUCCUGUAAACAAAACGACUCGAAUGUUUAGUUUUAAACACCUUGUUACUAAAAAUUGCCUGAUCAUGUCCUAUCGGUUGUUUUCAUUCAUUGACAAACAUACUGGACAAAUUGCUUGCAUCUAAAUAAAUAAAAAACAAUUUGUUUUGUGUAAA